UGAGAAUCAACCAAAAAACACUGGGAGGUCUCAAUUCGAGAAGCCUCAGCAAACGAUCCAAGCGAGCUCUAGCGUGCUCGACCCAUUACAUAAGCACAUUUAAUGCCUUUUCCCUGUAGCAACAACGGCAAAUGAACAAGAAACAUGAUCUAGUAUUACACCUCCCAUGGCACCAAUCAUGCUACAGGGCACCGAAACACAACUGGCGACGGCGACGGCGGCAGCGGCGGCCAUGAUGACGGGGACUCCCGCCUCCGACAUCACCCAACCGUCAACGGUAUCCGCUACAGCCGUCUCACGAACGCUUACACCACCCGCCGUUGCCGUCCCGGAAGGCGUGACAGUGGUCUAUGCGGAACGCAAGCGGACCGGCCGCAUCGCCGGCGCAAAGUACAAAGCCGACGGCACGCCUUACAAGCGCUCCGGCCCGCCGCCGAAGCCGCUGCACGAGAGGACAGCAUACAAGCAGCGCGUGCCGGUGAAGCGGAUAGAGCGUUCGUACACGGAGCAGCGGAAGAAAGAGGUGAUUGCGUUCCUGGAGUGUCACAAGCUCGCGUGCGACGACAUCGAUGCGCCAGCGCGGCGUAACCGCGGGCGGGCGGAGCAGCAGCCGCCAGCGGAGAAGGGGUACCGGUGGCCCACUCUCUCCGAGGCGUCGGAGUGGUUCAAGGUGCCCGAGGGGACGAUCCACGGCUGGUGGCAGAGGAGGGACAAGAUCAUGGGGAGGGUGCCGAAGAAGCCAACCAGGGUCGAGCAGAGGCGGCUGGCGGAGGAGGAGGAGAGGAAGAGGAGGGAGGACGAGGACAGGCGGACGCUGCUGGAGGCCAUUGGUUGGCCAGCGGAAAGGCUCCCUUCUGGCACUUCCGGGACUCCCAGUACUCCUCGUGCUUCAGGUGCUUUUAUUAGUGGCGACGACGGACCAGGAGAGGCGAUGGAGUGCGUUGGAGGACCUUCCCGGUCAGUCCCCGGACGACAAGAGACACCAGAGGGUGUGCCAAUGCAGGGGGGAAGGGUAAAAGAGCCUUUGGACGUGGAAAGGGUAUCGUCAUCGGGAGAGACGCCUCCCGCCGCAGGGCCGGCCGCUUUCUCGGAAGGAUCGGCAGCCGGCGGCACAUCUGCCACGAGCACCCCCGCUGCCACACCCGGAGAAAAUUGACGAGGGGGACCCGUUCCGGCGGCAGCGAUACCGGCGUCUCCCGGUCAUGAAAUUCCCACGAGAGGUUAGCGACCCCGUCUGGACGGGCUCCU